CGUUGGUGAAACAAAGUAUAACUCUCUCUUUGUUCCCUCACCAAACAUUCGUAACCCUUUUGGAAGGGUUUCCCGUUGUCUUUAAUACGUCAAAUGUUGUUCAUGCUUAAAGGGGCCUUGCAAUCAAAUUUAAGCGUCUUUUUUGCGAGUUAGUUAGGAUUUGAAGUUUUCACAUAGUCACUCGAGCAAUGCUAUCUGAUUCAAAGGCUGUCUGAUUCGAAGGACGCGGAAUGUAACACUAGCAAAUACCGCACACUUCCAGUCGCAGAAUCGACCAAAGAGGUGACAACAGCCGGAGUGACCUCAUCCCCCCAAAUGCCCAAAACAGUUGUCCCCGUGGCCAGUACGACGGUAGCUACGGUGCUCACAACCACUCAAAUACCACAGACACCAACGACCGUCUCGUCGACUGUCUCGAUCACCACCACGGUCCUGACCACCACUCCACCCUCGACGACUCCGAUUCCCACAGUGACCCUGCCACUCCUGUGCGUGACCGGCAACACUAGUGUUGGCGCGCGAGUCCCCGACGACGGUAUCUGCACCUAUCUUGUGUUUGACAGAGUUAGGGCAAAAAACCAAACGUAUGCAAAAGGCCUACUUGCAGGUGACACUAUCAUGCAAGGAAAUAAGAUCAUGCGUAGAUUCAUGGACGCGGUAUCUGGCCUAAAGAAGACAGUGCCGAUGCUGGCCAUGAACCUACAUUAUUGGGAUGAGACAAUCAAAGUCCUGAAACACAGCGACGUGCUAGGGCCCUACAUUCGAGAGGGUAUCAAGGGCAUCGGUAUCCCGAACUACAAGGAGGAAUUGGACGUAUACAAGGCUGGCUCCAUAUUAGAGCUCAAAUUGAGCAUCCUUCGCAACCUGCUUCAGAGCCAGAAACACAAUGGCGUGAUCCUCUUCGCUGGUCUGUUGCUGACAACGGCAUCCCACCCCGACGCAGUGGCGAGAAUUGUCAAACAUUCCAUCAGCCUUCUCAGGCACGUCAGUCUGUAUAUUGUGUUUGCUCAUUCGCCAAGACAAGACGCCUACGGCAGUGGCUGCGUUAGGAGACCCAUGAGCAGCUUCAGGACCUCCACCCUUGGCGACCAUAGCCUUCAGUCCGUGACGGACGCCAUCGAUAUCGUCAAAGGACUUGGCGCUCGUAACGCGACCUAUUUUCUCUCGCUGACAAUGGGCAUACAUAGAUUUUUGCCACAAAGAGGUUGGGUCGAGGACAUGAAUAAGCUGGAAUCUACUGGGUGCACAAUGCAUUUCGACUCCUACGAAAAGGUCUGCAAGAACCCUAUGGUAGAGGGCAGCGUGGCCGAGUACAAAGAUGACGCAAUCCAUUAUGAUUACGACAAGAAAGCAAGGAUAUGGCGCACAUAUGACACACUCGACACGAUCCGCAAAAAGAUCAAGCGUGCCUAUAAGGAAUUGGCGGGCCUGCCCUUUGGAUGGGCUGCGUUCUAUAUCGAGAUGGACGACUGGAACGGCGCCUGUCCGAACAGCACCAAGAAUAAGCCCCAGAGAUUGCUGGAGCUCAUCAAGCCGCUCAAGAAGCAACUCCCGUCGGGCUGAUCGCAGCAUUUAUUGCCGAACGCCACAGCAAACGGCCAUUCUUUCGCAAACCAAAUAGUACUAAAAUGCACAAUAUAAUGCAUACUUUUUUUUGUCUUUUUUAACUGCCGCGUCAGUAGUACCUGGGUGCACCCGCGCAACAUAUUCUGACAUUUUAGCAGAGCGAACGCUAGAGAGGGCGCGACCUCCUCUCCAUCGAUAGCUCUGCUAAAGUGGGAAGGGGUUGGGGGGGCUGAAUGGCUCAAUAGAGUUCUAGAAUAGGGGGCCCCAAUGCUUUGGAUCCCCUGAACAGCUUGGGGCGUCGCACAGAGCACACGCAGAACGCCAGCUACGCUAGCGCAGUGUCUCGUCCCAAGCUCAUUUUUGAGCACGAGACCCUCCUCCGCUAAUGAGGAGUUGGUGGCGAAAGACAAAGGAAUGCGAUACUCUCCAAAGACCUAUUUUACGGACCGUUCUGCCGACCCCCCACGCAGUGUCGUUUUUUCCUCUAAACCCAGUUUCUGCCCGCAUAGCAAAUUUCGACGGAACACACGUGCUGCGUCUUCCGCGCGUGAAGAUUGUCCUAUCAGAGCACGCCUUGAAAAUGCCCUUUUUCAUUUGAGCACACAGAAGCUUGUAUUACAUUGGCGAUUUCCAUCGCGCGUUUUUGACCUACUUUUACAGCUUCAUCUUUUGGCCGCCAGGCACUGUGAAUAUCUGAUUUCGUCUAGAAGGCUGGAGAGCGAACGUGCCUUUCUGUUCAAGCCACUAUACUCGUUUUCACCUCAAAUAAAGAAGGAAGUUUUGUACAUUGUUCAUACGCCGUGCAAAGUAAUUUCCUACGGAGG